AUGGCACCUAAGAUUCUCUUCGUUCUUACUUCCCACAACAAGCUGGGCAAGCUCGAUAAGCCUACUGGUUGGUACCUGCCGGAGUUGGCUCACCCUUACCACGUUCUGCACAGCAAGGCCGAAAUCACAGUUGCGUCGCCAAAGGGUGGUGAGUCGCCACUUGACCCAGCAUCUGUCGAGGCCGCAAAGGACGAUGUUUCCGUCAACUUCCUGAAGAACAACGAGUCGGUCUGGAAGAACACGCAAAAGCUCGACCAGUUUGUCGGCAAGGCCAAGGACUUCGACGCAAUCUUCUAUGUUGGUGGACACGGCCCUAUGUUUGACCUUGUCGACAGCCCUACAUCACAGCAGCUCAUACGCGAAUUCUGGGAGGCCGAUAAGAUCGUUUCCGCCGUCUGCCACGCGCCUGCAGUAUUCUACGAUGCCAAGCUUUCGGACGGUAGUCUCUUGCUUGCUGGCAAGGAGGUUACAGGUUUCUCAAACGCCGAAGAGGAGCAGGCUGGAUUGAGUGAUGCUGUGCCUUUCCUCCCUGAGAACGCACUACAGAAGGCUUCGGGCGGCAAGUACGUCAAGGCUGCCGAGCCGUGGGCCGAGAAGGUCGUUGUCACUGGACGUUUGAUUACUGGCCAGAACCCAGCCAGUGCUACAGCAGUCGGCGAGGCGCUCGCAAAGGCAUUGGGGAUCUAA